UCUAUAAGCCAGUUUAAGAAAUCCAAAACAAGCAACACAUUAGAACGUGUUAAAGAUAUACAGAUGUGCCCUUGUCACAUGUAUGAGGAAGGAUAUUUAGUUGAGUGUGUUGGGCAGAAGUGAAGUGAGAAACUUAAUUAAGAAAGUGUAAACAUUUGCUAAUACAAUUAAACUUCCUAACCACCUCACAUGGUGUACUGCACUGUUCUGUAAGCUUGAAGUAUAUGUCAGAUAUUUUCAAAUGUAAUGUUUACUUUGGGCAUCUCCUUUAUUAUGUUACGUUAUUAAGUGCCAUUUAUCUCGCGAUGAUAUAUUGCUUUCCAUGCAACAGAUUGUCUGCAUCAAAGGAAGGUUUACAUAACCAGCACAUUGUUUAGUGUUUGGGAACACUAGCCUGACCACUGUGUCAUAAUGUGCAAACUGUCUUUGGUUAUCUCAAGGCUAUGGAGGCUAUUAAAGUAUUCAGAUAUCAGUGUGCAAGUGAGAACUGUUGACAUAAGCUGACUUUUUGACAUGCAUAACUAUAUAUGCACUGUGGCCAACUUUCAAUAUCACACAGCAAUAAUUUAGGGGUUUCAGCCUGGUCUCACAGUUUAAAUUCUCUUUUCUCUUUCUCAAUUAUUGAAGAAAGAAGAAAAAGAUGUCAGGGAACUGUGUGCAGAAGAUUGAGUGAGAAAAUUGAUGUCUCUCUUUGCAUAUAAUUUAGAAACUUGAAGAGAAAAUUCAGCCUCUAAAAAUAGAUUUAUCAUGUGAUAAAAGUUAUUAAUAAUCAUUGCAGAAAUACCUUGAGAUUGAAGAUCAAAUUGAAGCUGAAAAGAGAGAUACCCAGAAGCAGAUUGACACACUAGAACAUGACAACAAAAGUCUGGAGUCUCGCAUCAAAAGCUACCAAGAUCACAUUGAACGUCAGGAUGAGAGGAUAGCAGACAUGAAACGUGAAUACCACACACUUCAUGAAAGACAUUCUGAGUUACUUCACCAACACAUGGAAAGACUACAGCGAGAUGACAGGAAAGGAUCAAGCUCCACAGUAGAUACACCGACCAGAAAUCCUCUAAGACCAAGGGCUGUCUCUUCUGAGUCUCCACGGUCACCUGUGGGAACCCCUGUGAACUCCAUAGGGGAACUGGUACCUCCUGGCACCUCCCCAGUGGCUCCGAAAAGCCCUGAUGUGGAUGUGUCAAUGCCUCAAUUUCCUGCAAACAGAAGGGAGAGUAAUGAGAUGUCACUUGAAGAAGAACAACUUGCUGGUGUCAGGAAAGAUGCUGAGAGUGGGAAGACAACAACUCCUGGAGAGGAUUCUUCUGUCAUUCAGAACAACCAAGUGUCUCCUGGAGGCACUUGUGUUACUGCUAAUAAUGUGAGCGUUGUCAUUACCAGUGAUAAACUAGAUGCCAAGACCAGUGAUAUCCAACCUAAAGGUUCACGUUCAAGCACGGCAAGUUCUUUGCAGAGUUUAGAUACUGGAACCUGUCAUCUAACAGAUGUGGACAACAUGCCAAUCAUGACAGUGACAGACGUUGAAAGGGCAAUUUCUGGGGAGGCUCAAAGUCCUCCAGAUGGAAGCUUCCUGAGUAAUGACGCAGCAGCUAUCAUGGCCUCAACUCCUGAACUAAACCCUAAUGCAUUAUCCUCACCAGUAGACGUGAUCAGGAGGGGAGGAAGUAGACAGAGUGCAGAGCGUCCAAUAUCUCUGGAUCUUGAGACGUUACCUGAGGGUGUCAGUGCACAUUCACUGUUUGCGGAGCUGUCAGUUCAAGAACCAGACAUCAUUGGACAGGUGGACACUGGUGCAGAUAUUACAGCAAUGGUCGGAGAAUUGGAUACGGUGUUGAAGGAGAACACGGAAUUAUUGACAGCGAAGACCAGACUUGUAACUCAAAAGAAUGAUCUUCUGAAGAGAGUAGAAGAACUAUCCAAUGAGAGGGAAUUAGCUAAAGAUGAAGUCAUGUUACUUCAAGAUACCAAGACCCGCUUGUCAACACACAUAUCAGAGCUUGAACAGGAACUCAAGAGAGUCAAAAUGGAUGCAGAAAAAGCAACAGUGGCCUUAAAAGAGGCAAAUGUUUCAGCUGCUCAUCGUAAGAGGUUCACACGAGUUGAAAUGGCUCGAGUGCUAAUGGAGAGGAACCAGUACAAAGAAAGAUUGAUGGAGCUGCAAGAGGCUGUUAGAUGGACAGAAAUGAUAAGAGCAUCAAAAGAGAGAAACCUUGAACUGCAGCAGAAGAAGAAAUCAUCCAUUUGGAAAUUUUUCAGCAACCUGUUUGGUCCCUCUCCUAAGAAGCCUGCACCUCCCAUGGUGAGCAUCAGGUACAAUUCCCCCCAGGGGGAGGGAGAGUCAUCUCCUGCCUCUCGACGCAGCAACUCUAUCAGCUCUGGCUCCACAGGUUCCAUAGCUGUGGCUACUGGUGGAGGAGGAUUCGGCAGUGAAAACUUUGAUAGACAGCGUGUGGUUGAUAGAAGAGAACGAUACAGACAAGUGAGAGCGUUUCUCAACUCAGAUGUUGCUGAGGGUCGAAUGCAAGCUUAUGGCUGGAGUCUUCCAGCCAAAUACUCAACUGAAGUUGCCGAGGGAGGAAAAAGUCUUGUUUCCGUUCCUGUUCCAGUCUAUUGCAGACCUCUGAAUCUUAAUGAUCCCGGAAUGAAAAUUUGGUGUGCUGCUGGAGUUGAUCUGUCUGGUGGGAAAACCCAAGACGGUGGCUCAUUCAUCGGUGCAACCAGUGUAUUCUACACUGAUAGCGCACGUGACCAGGAGGAGGCAGUUACAACGGAUCCAAAGCUGGAGCCUAAAGUAUCCAUGGUGUGGAUCGGCAGUAGUACACACUCAUGCAGCAAGGUUACUGUAGUGGAUGCCAAUUAUCCUCAGAACAUUUUGGAUUGUUUUAUAGUGUGCACAUCACAUCUGUUGUGUCUCACCCCUGUGCCGGGAGCCUCAGAAGGAGAUUAUCAAGGGUCAGAAUGGACACUAGAAGAUCCAUUGCAGGCAAAUCCAGAUAAAGCUGAUUCUGGUGAAGAUUCAGGAGGUGCAGGAUUCACUGAUCCUCUAGGGGUGCAAACAGCUCAGGGAGCUGGUUCAGACGGCCCAACUGUAACAGACAUAACAGCUGGUGAGAGCAUGUCACCUGAAGCUGUGCAAGUGGAUGGAAUUGACAAAAUGAGCAGUGUCUUGCCUACCAUGUGGCUUGGGGCACAGUCUGGCUGUGUGUAUGUGCACUCAGUCAUAUCUGACUGGAAGAAAUGCAUCCACUCGAUCAGAUUGAAGGACUCUGUGCUUAGCAUAGUGUACGUGCAAGCUCGUGUUCUAGUUGGUCUUGCAGAUGGCACGGUCGCUAUCUUUCACAGGGCUUCUGAUGGUCAGUGGAACUUCAACAAUUAUCACUUGCUGGAUCUCGGUCGCCCUCACCAUUCCAUACGCUGUAUGACAGUGGUGCACGACAAAGUGUGGUGUGGCUAUCGAAAUAAAAUCCAAGUCAUUCAUCCACGUAGCAUGAAAGUAGAGAAAACCUUUGAUGCUCAUCCUAGGCGUGAAAGCCAGGUUCGUCAGCUUGCCUGGAUAGGAGAUGGUGUGUGGGUGUCCAUACGCCUGGACAGUACACUGAGACUAUACAAUGCCCACACAUACCACCACUUACAGGACAUCGAUAUUGAACCAUAUGUCAGCAAGAUGCUCGGGACUGGCAAGUUAGGAUUUUCAUUCGUUCGUAUCACGUCACUGAUGCUAACCAAUGACCGUCUUUGGGUGGGAACCGGAAAUGGCGUCAUUCUGUCGGUUCCUCUAGUUGCUGCCCGUCCUGCAAGGGAUGACGGAGAGACAUCAACAAGUUCCCCAGGGACGGGAGGGUCAGGAGGUCCCGGGGGAGCAGUGAGAGUGUACAGUAAUGAAGGAAAAGAUGGCGAUACUCCCAGAGGUUCCAGCUUCAUGCCUUACUGUUCUAUGGUAAAUGCCCAGUUGUCCUUCCACGGUCACCGCGACUCGGUCAAGUUCUUUGUGGCCGUACCAGGCUCCAUGAAGAGGGUUUCUCAGCCUGCGACUUCCAGCAGGUCAUCAAGUCCAGGCGGCCUCACGGCCAGGACGAGCCCAGAGAAGACUGUGUCCGAGGCCAUGCUGUUGGUGUUAUCAGGGGGAGAGGGGUACGUUGAUUUCCGUUUGGGAGACGGCGAGGAGACAGCUUUGGAGGAACAAGGCGGUGACUUGAUAUCCGUCACCACACGUGGUCAAUCGACCAAUGAGAGAAGCCAUAUAAUGGUUUGGCAGGUGUCAGUCACGUAAUAGCUAAAAUAGCUUUCUUGGUAGGCCGUAAGAAAGUACCAAGAUCUGCAAUACUGUUAGGUCCCAGUACACAGUGUCGCUAGAUGGUGUCAAGUAACAACCGUUACACUUAGUAAGUGUUUCAUGAGGGAUGUUGCCUUACUUAAUGAAUCCUGUCACGUCAUAUAACGGCAUUGCGUUUUAGUAAAACGGGCAUGCUCCCGCUCCCAUUUUCCGAAGAACCUGUAAUGAAACUCUGCUUUGUUACAAUAAGCUGGGAGGAGACACGGGCGCGCUUAAAGAUAUUUUUGUUGGAAGCACUUUUUAUUUGUAGAUACGACAAAACAUUUAUAUUUACUGUAGCAGUCUUAAAGUACUUUGUUCAUUUCCAGUAACUAGAAGUACACACGAGUUAAACGGGUUCGGUUUUAGUACCUUUUGUGACAAAUUUAGUUAGCUGGUCAGUUUCACUAACAUCAAUAUUUGUAAAAAAGUUAUUAAAUAAUUUCCAAAUUUGCAGAAAGUAUUUUUGGUGCUACGUUGUUAAAUUAAUUCCGAGUGCUUACUAUUUUGCUGCGGUUUAUUAGCAGUUGUGUAAUUACCAUGUAAACGAAUUACAAAUCAAAUUAUAUAUCUAUAUAAUGUAUCUAAAAGCAAAAUGAAAUUUAGGUCACAAAGCUUGAGAGUCGAGGACAAGAAGAUUAGACCAACAAAGGUAGAUUGACAGUGGUAUAGAUUUUAUUGAAUUUGUUUUAUUGGUUCAAGAUAUUUUUUUUCUCGUUUGGUGUCUGUUCUAGAACAGCUGGGAAACAAAACCUGUUUGCUCUGAUUGUGGGUCGAGAGUCUGGGAUCGAGGUUUGAAAGCCAGCGGUCUUUUGCCAAAGUUGUUGCUAAGCUGCAACUUGACGUAUACUGAUGACGUCAAGGUAACGCAACAGCUCUCGGAGUGCUCGGGGUUACAUCUGAUUGACCGUUAAAUUUCGGAAACUCUUCAAUUAUUUACGGAAACUAUUUGUUGUCCACUGUUGCAAGAAAGUUUCCUUCUAGUUUGUGGUGUCUUCUAGGUGAGGUAGAUAAUGUUGUUAUGUCAGUGCCUCUGUACGCUUCCUUAGGUUCCCUUUGUUUAAGGGGCAAAAAUUGCCUCACUUAAAUAUCACAAAAGUUUGGGGGGAGAUUUAAACGAAUUACAAUUUCCCUUCACGUUUAAAACUUUUAAUUAGAGAAGAAAGGUUUUCGCAUCUUGAAGCCGCGACAUUGUCUUAAAUUUGGUUAGUCCAGAAUGACUCGGAUCAGUUUCCUUUGCGGCCGUUGGGUCGGCACGCGUACCGUAAAAGGGGUCUGGGGCCAACUGAGAGAAAAAAAAAUAUUUAUUUUACUGAUUUCUAUUAAAUAUUGAUUCUUAUUGCUGUAGUAAAUGUGUGAUUUGAAAAUAGAGAUGACUAAUAUAUGUGACCAUCCAAACUGCCCCUUAGUAUUAAUAGUUGUAAGUUAUUAACUACAUUCUAAUUCCAUGUCUAUUCACUUCAGUGAAGUUAUUGUAAGGUACAGUUCUUUGGUGCUAGAAAGUCUAUUUAUUAAAUGUGGUCUUGCCAAUCUGUUAUCUUGAACUGAUAUAAUAAUAACAAUAAACAAUAGGAAAUACAAUA